AUGGUCUCUCAAAUUAUUCUCCAAACUCCUCCUGCCGAAGAGAUGAACUUGUCUUGGGGCCAGAAGGACUCGACCUUCAAGUUAGUCAAUACUGAGCUUCCAGCUGUCCAAGAGGGUGAGUUGAGAGUUAGAGUAUUGUAUUUUUCGAAUGACCCCACUCAAAGAUUAUGGAUUUCUGCCGGCCAAGACCCCAAGAGACAGUACAUGCCUCCAGUUUAUAAGGGUGAAGCCAUCAGAACUUUGGGUUUGGGUGAGGUACUCGAGUCGAGGUCUGCUGAAUAUGCAACGGGCGAUGUUAUCACUGGUGUGUUUCACUGGGGUGACGAGCUUAUUAUUCCGGAGGGUAGUGUCAGUGCAAAAGUGGACAAGUCACUUCCUUAUGAAUGGUACUUAUCUGCUAUUGGUCUCACGGGUUUGACUGCAUACUUUGGUUUGCAAAAGAUUGGUCAGUUUAAAGAAGGCCAGUCUGUUCUUGUCUCUGCUGCUUCUGGUGCCACAGGCUCUAUGGUGGUUCAGCUCGCCAAACACCUUUUCAAGGCAUCCAAGGUUGUUGGUAUUGCCGGCUCUGAUGAGAAAUGCAAAUGGGUUGAGUCUUUGGGUGCUGAUCUCUGUGUCAACUACAGAGACAUAGAGUACAAGAAAAAGAUUGAUGAAUUUAUGGGCGACGAAAACUUCGAUGUCUAUUUCGACAAUGUUGGUGGGGAUAUGUUGGAUUAUGCAUUGACUCGCACCAAAAGAUAUGGUCGUAUCAUUGCUUGUGGUGCUAUUUCCGGGUACAAUGAUAAAUCAAAGAUGAGUGUUACUUCCUGGGGUGAAAUCACUAGCAACCGUUUGACUGUACAAGGUUUUAUUGCCUUUGACUUCUUCUCUGACUUCCCUGAAGCUAUCAAAGAAAUCGUUGCCGUCAUCAAGAGUGGAAAGGUGAAAGUGGACGAAGGUGUUCACAUCGAAGAUGUUUCCAAGUUUGAAAAUCCUUUCGAGAAAAUUCCUGAGGUAUGGAACAAGUUGUUCACAGAGGAAAAGACAAGAGGAAAGUUAUUGACUAAGUUGGUCUAG